CAGAUAAACAGCUGUUUUGGUUGUGAGUUGCGAGGAAAACAAUUGUUGGAAGUCGUGUAAAAUAAAUGCCGCGUCGUCGCACAAAAUGAUUUCUUGGCGUCUGCGACUAUUUUGCCAAGCGGCUGUGAUAUGCCUCGUCAUUCAAGCGUCUGCGGUGUCAUCUGUUACGGAUACCAGCGGUGGACAGGAGGAAGCGAACAAGGUCUCUGCCAACAGUUCCAGCUCAGCAGGAAUUGAGAAAAGCGCUCAACCCCAUCCAGAUGUGGCUUUGUCACCCAGCAAUACUAGCAGCCCCUUGCUCAAUGUCUCUACAUCGGCUUCGACGGCUUCUCCAGUCAGUGGCGGUACCACCAAGAAGACGGGCAACGCAUCCACAGUGGCCACGGAGCCACCGCUCAUUGAUUCGCAUGCUGUGGAGCAGGAGCACAACUCCUCGUUGUCCCUGUUUUUCGUCAUCUGUGUGAUCAUGCUGGGCAUUCUGCUGAUUCACUCCAUGCUCCAGACUGGCUUUCAAUACCUGCCGGAGAGCAUUGUGGUGGUGUUUCUGGGCGCAUUCAUUGGCCUGUCCCUCAACGUCAUGUCUGGCCAGACGGGUAGCUGGAAACGCGAGGAGGUCUUCUCACCCAUGGGCUUCUUUCUGGUCCUCUUGCCGCCGAUUAUCUUCGAGUCUGGGUACAAUCUGCACAAAGGAAACUUCUUCCAGAACAUUGGCUCCAUUCUGGUCUUUGCCAUUUUUGGGACAACCAUUUCGGCACUGGUAAUUGGAGCGGGGAUAUACCUCCUGGGUCUGGCCGAGGUGGCUUAUCGCCUUAGUUUCUCCGAAUCCUUUGCCUUUGGCUCGCUCAUCUCCGCUGUCGAUCCUGUGGCCACUGUGGCUAUAUUCCAUGCCCUGGACGUGGAUCCCAUACUCAACAUGUUGGUGUUUGGCGAGAGCAUUCUGAACGAUGCCAUUUCGAUUGUGCUCACGGCCUCCAUUACCGAGUCGGCGAGUGCCAAUGCUCAGGCAAGCACUGGAGAGGCCAUGUUCAGUGCCUUGAAGACCUUUUGCGCCAUGUUCUUUGCCUCAGCGGGUAUUGGAGUGAUAUUCGCUUUGAUAUCAGCUUUACUGCUGAAGCACAUCGAUUUGAGAAAGCAUCCGUCUUUGGAGUUUGCCAUGAUGCUUAUGUUUACCUAUGCUCCUUACGUCUUGGCCGAGGGAAUACACUUGAGCGGUAUUAUGGCCAUACUGUUUUGCGGCAUCGUCAUGUCCCACUACACUCACUUUAAUCUGUCCACGGUCACUCAAAUCACCAUGCAACAGACGAUGAGAACCCUAGCCUUCAUUGCCGAGACCUGCGUCUUUGCCUACCUCGGGCUGGCCAUCUUCUCGUUCAAGCAUCAAGUGGAGCUGUCCUUUGUGAUCUGGGCCAUCGUUCUGUGUCUGAUAGGGCGUGCCUGUAACAUCUUUCCGCUGGCCUAUUUGGUCAACAAAUUCCGUGAGCACAAAAUCAACAACAAGAUGCAGUUCAUCAUGUGGUUCUCGGGCCUGCGCGGUGCCAUUUCCUACGCGUUGUCGCUGCACUUGAACUUGGACAGUCAGGAGAAGCGCCGCGUCAUCAUAACAACCACGUUGAUAAUUGUGCUCUUCACCACGCUGGUUUUCGGCGGCUCAACUAUGCCGCUGCUUAAGUACCUCAAGCCGGGCAAGAAACGCCGCGCACGUGGCUCUCUUCCACGCAGUUCCUCAGGUACGGAGGGUGGCCGCCGUGGUGGCAGUGGCCGUAAGCGCUCCAAGUCCAUUUCCCUGUCAAAGACUCGUGAAUGGGGCCAGGCCAUUGACUCGGAACACUUGUCCGAGCUCACCGAGGAGGAGGAUGUGACCUUCACACAGGCACGAGAUCGCUUCGGACGCCUGGAUAGAAAGUACUUCAUACCCUUCUUUACGCGACGCUUCAACAGCCAGGAGCUGCACGAGUGCAAGUCCCAGAUGUUGGACUUGACCAACAAGUGGUACCAGGCCAUUCGCGUGAGUCCCCUGGACUCGGAUGAGUCGGACGAGGAAUUAGGGCUGUCGUCCACCACAAGUCAGACUCAUUUGACGCGAUCGUAGGCUGUGUUAGGGAACGGGAGCGAGAACUCUCUGGCUGUGUUAACGACACCUGGGUGGCCAAACAAUCGAUCGUAGUUAUGGCUUAAGUUUUUGUCUAGUUAUUAAUCUACAUAAUGGGUGGUGGUGGUGCUUGUUGAUACCUUGUUUUUAUUUCUAGUAAUAUA